AUGUCGCCUCAUAAGGUAUCUGCCGAGAGUGAAUUCGAAUCUGAAUUCGGAGUCCCGGAUUUCGACUCCCUGCCUGAAAGGUAUGGCUGGCCACGGGAGAAUGAGAACGGAUAUCGAAUCAUCGAGCAGCUGGCUGGCACGAAAAGGCCCAUGAGAAUAGUCCAUGUCGGAUGUGGAGCUGCUGGCAUUUGCCUGGCGAAAUUCCUGCCGGAACAAAUGCAGAAUGUCUCCUUCACCUGCUACGAUAAGAAUACAGAAAUUGGUGGCACCUGGCUGGAGAAUCGGUAUCCAGGCUGUGCGUGCGAUAUCCCGUCGGUCGACUACCAGUUCACUUGGGCGAGGAAUCCCGACUGGACGCAUUUCUAUUCGUCCUCGCCCGAGAUCUGGCAGUACUUUAAAGACUGCGUGGACCGGUAUGGGUUAAUGAAGUAUUUUAAGCUCAAUCAUCAGGUCGAAGGAGCGUAUUGGGAUUCGAAGACUGGAAAAUGGGACGUCCACAUCAAAAAUCUGCUUACUGGCAAUACGUUCGUCGACACCUGUGACGUUUUCAUCAACGGUGGCGGUAUUCUUAACAACUGGAAGUGGCCUGAGAUUGAAGGAUUGCAUAGCUUCAAGGGUCUGCUCGCACAUACUGCUGCGUAUCCUGAGGGAACUCCUCUCGAGGGAAAGAGAGUGGCAGUCAUUGGAUCCGGGAGCAGCGGGGUCCAGGUCGUCGCCAACAUCGUCUCAAAAGUGUCUACGCUCUACACCUGGGUCCGGUCGCCCACUUGGAUCACGGCUGGGUUUGCGCAGAAAUACGCCGGUCCUAAUGGGGAUAAUUUCGAAUACACUUCAGAGCAGAAAAAGCACUGGCGUAAUUAUUAUACAGACUAUGUGAAGUACUGCAAGGAGAUCGAGAAUGAGCUGAAUCAGAGGUUUAAAUUCAUCCUAGUGGGAACACUUGAAGCUGAAGAGGCCAGAAAGUUUUCCAUCACAGAGAUGAGGAACAAGCUCAAGGGCCGAGACGAUCUCGUAGACAAGAUCAUUCCCAAGUCUUUUGGGAUCGGAUGUCGCCGGCCAACGCCCGGAAAUGGCUAUUUAGAGGCCCUCACCAUGCCUCACGUCCACACUUUCACUGAACAAGUGGCCAAGAUUACCGAAAAGGGGUUUGUUGACCAGCGAGGCAAAGAGUACGAAGUCGAUGUGAUCAUCUGCGCCACCGGAUUCGACACUUCAUGGGUUCCCCGUUUUCCGAUUGUGCAUGACGGCAAGAAUGUGCAGGACUUUAUGCGAGAGCGAAUGCUAUCUUACAUUUCGUACGCCAUUCCAGAAGUACCUAAUUUCUUCACCAUUGGCAGCGCGUACGGCCCUGUCGGGCACGGCAACACGCUCAUGGUGAACGAACGGCUUAUUACCAACAUUCUGAAGAUUGUGGAAAAGAUGCAGGUCGAAAGCAUUAAAUCGAUGCGGCCGAAGCUCGACGUGUGCGAACGGUUCGAGGAGCACGCGCAGCUGUUCUUCAAACGGACUGCCUGGGCCUCGGGCUGCGCCAGUUGGUUCAAGCAAGGUAAGAAGGAUGGCAAGCUCGUAAUCUGGCCGGGCUCUCGCCUGCUCUAUUUCGAGGUCCAAAAGGAACCCCGCUACGAAGACUUCGAGAUCGAGUACAUGACCGGAAACCCCUGGGCUUGGUUUGGUAACGGAUUCACCCUCAAGGAAUACGACGGCAGCGAUAUCUCCUACUACAUGGGGUCGGACGAGAAUCCAGGUGCUUUGCUGAUUGAAGCUCCGGAAUCUUACAAUCCUGCUAAUGGGACUGCGAAUGGUGUAGUUGGAGCCUAG